AGGUAGGUAUCAGGCAGAAGGGGAAUAUCAUUAAUUGAGCUGCAUUGACUAUACCUAGGGAAUCCUCUCAGUAGUACAUGCAACGAUAAUACUGUACAGGUGCAUGACAGUGAUCCAACAGGUUCCGUGUUUUUACGUAUACUUGAGAAGUAAACUACAAUAGUAGUAACGAAGGAAAAAGCAAAAUAGCACGAAAGAAAUGGACAUUAACAACGUAUACUCAAGAGGAGGUGACGACGUGGAGAAUACUGGUAUUGAAAGCAAUAUAUCAGCCGUCUUCGAAAAUGGGACAAUAUUCCUCACUGGAGCUACCGGAUUUCUCGGGAAGAUGUUCUUGGAAAAACUUCUCAGAUCUUGUCCAAAACUGAAAAGGAUAUACUUGUUGAUGAGACCUAAAAAAGGCAAAAAUGUGGAGGAGAGAUUGGAGACAAUUUUCGACGGUCCUAACAUGGAGCCCUUGAAGAGGAAGUACCCGAAAUUUAUAGAUAAAGUAACGAUAGUCAAUGGAGAUUGCACUCUACCAGAUCUCGGUAUGGACGAAGACGUCAUAGACAAGCUCAUCAGGGAAACAAACUUCAUAAUCCAUUGCGCAGCCACUGUCCGUUUCGACCAAGAUAUUAGAACUGCAGCACACAUCAAUGUAAGAGCGGUUAGAGAUCUCAUCACCAUAGCCAAACAAAUGAAAGACUUGAAGGCUUUUCUUCAUGUAUCCACUGCUUUCAGUCAUUGUGUGUGGAGUGAAAUACAUGAGAAGUGCUACGAGGGUGGAAUGGCCGCCGACAAACUGUUGGAUUUAGUUGAAGCCAUAGAUGAAGAUAGACUGACAAAAAUGACACCAGGACUCUUAGGCGAAUGGCCAAACACUUACGUAUUCACUAAGGGGAUAGCUGAAAACUUGGUCGCCCAAGAAUUUGAAACAAUGCCUAUAGCCAUCCUUCGUCCCGCGAUAGUAAUUGCUUCUGUGGAUGAACCGGUGAAAGGUUGGGUUGACAAUUUAUAUGGACCUACGGGUGGAAUGAUAGGCGCUGCUUUAGGAUUGCUGAGGUCGAUACAGGGAAAACAAGAGAACAUUACAGAGCUAGUUCCUGCUGAUUAUGUCAUAAACGCUGGUUUUGCAGUAAUCUGGGAUAUAGUCGCUAAUAGAAAAAAUUGCCAAAAUGGCCUUCUAAUUACACCUGAAGAAACCAAGCACACUGAAGAACCUAUAUUCAACGUUGUCAGUUCAACAGAAGCACCCAUCACAUGGAAAAAAUUUUACUAUAUGACCAGGAAACACGCAAUCCAUGUACCAUCCGAGCUGCAACUUUGGUACGAUUUUUUUGCAUUUAGAGAAGGAAGACUGCAUCAUUUGAUAGCAUGUUUCUUUCUCCAUACAGUACCAGCGUAUUUAGUUGAUUUUAUCUGCUUAUGCAUAAGAAGGAAACCCAUGCUGGUUCAAGGAUAUCAGAAAAUCAACAAAUUCAUGGAGGUAGUAUCCUAUUUCGCUCUCAGGGAAUGGAAGUUUUUCGACAACAAUGCACAGAACUUAUGGAGAAGAAUGAACCCAGAAGAUAAGAGACAGUACCCCUUCAACAUGAAGAAUUUCGACUGGGACACCUAUAUGCAUUACUACGUAAGAGGUGCAAGAGUUUACCUUCUGAAAGACCCUCUGGAGACCAUCCCCAAGGGAAGGGUGAAAUUUUGGAAGCUGUUCAUCGCGCACUAUACUCUGAUUGCUAUCUUACUGUUGAUAUUUUUCAAGAUUUUGUGUUUGUUGUGCUCUUGUAUAUUUUGAAGUGAAUGUGAUUAAGCUUUGUGCUUAAUUUCGAUUGAAUAUGGCAUAUUUAUGUUAUUGUAUAUUAUUGUGGUUGUGAAUGGAAAAUUUAGUGUAGGUGUAUAUUGAAUAAUAAUGUAAAAACUU